CUCUCACUCGAGCGCCCAGUGACCUGCAUGGGCUUCACUAAUCCGCCUCAGUCCUCGACUGCCUGCCGGUGGAACUUCCAGAAACACCGUCUCUGCCCACGAACAGGGGCUGCAGUCAUCAUCAUGUCAGCAGGACUGUGCUGAGGGCUGAGUUGCUGCACACAGAAGUAAAAGUGGGAGACUUUCCCUUCCAUGGCAAACUCCACCCCUCAUCUUGAGGCACCGGUUUAGAGAGUGGACUAGGAAUCCUACUGCCAGUUGCCAUGGAGGAGACACAGUCCAAACCUGCGACGCCGGACCCAAGUCCUGCACCCAGCCCUGCACCAAGUCCCGCUCCUAGCCCAGCUCCGAGUCCGAUGUUGGACAGGAUUCCCAUCCCAUCACCAAACCAUGUUGAGCACUUAAAUGUCAACCAGAUCCAGGUGGUAGUCCGGCGCUGCUCCAGUCCAAAUGUCACAGAAGAAACUACUUAUUUUAUUCCUCGCAACCCCGUGGUGGACGCCGGCACCAACACAGACCCACCACUUAUCUGCUGCCCUUUGCUGCAAAGAUUCUGCCCGUGUCCUCCGAGAGGCCUGUUGGCCUCUCUCAUUACUAAAGUUCUUCUGGCAGCUGUUCUGUUUGGAGUAGUGUGGUCCAUCACGGGGAAGGAAUGUCUCCCAAAAGGAAACUUAUUUGGCAUCACAGUGUUGUUCAUCUGCGCACUCACUGGGGGAAAAAUAGUAGCGCUCAUCCGUCUCCCGAAACUUCCACCUUUCCCUCCACUUCUGGGUAUGCUGCUGAUGGGCUUAAUGCUGAGAAACAUUCCUGUCGUAACGGAGUGGGUCUACAUCGACUACAGGUGGUCGGCCUCCCUGAGGAACAUUGCUCUGGCCAUCAUACUGGCUAGAGCCGGACUUGGCUUGGAUCCCUCUGCCCUGAGAAAACUCAAGUCAGUGUGUCUGCGGGUGGCAAUGGGUCCGUGCAUUAUAGAAGCCUGCACACUCGCUCUGGUUUCUCACUUCCUCUUGGACCUGCCCUGGGUGUGGGGCUUCAUCCUCGGGUUUGUGCUUGGAGCGGUUUCCCCAGCCGUGGUGGUUCCCUCCAUGCUCCUGCUGCAGAAGGAUGGUUACGGUGUGGAGCAGGGAAUUCCCACUCUGCUGAUGGCAGCUGGCAGCUUCGAUGACAUUCUAGCCAUCACAGGCUUCACCACCUGCUUGGGCAUGGCGUUUUCCACAGGGUCCACUUGGUACAACCUUUUGAGGGGCGUCCUGGAGGUGGGUGGUGGCUUGCUCGCUGGGAUUCUCCUCGGAUUCAUCAUCCAGUACUUUCCCAGCUUGGACCAGAAACAUUUAAUCAUGAAGCGGUCAUUCUUGGUGCUGGGCCUGUCCAUCUUCGCCGUCUUCGGCAGCACUGUUGCUGGGUUCCCCGGCUCUGGAGGGCUCUGCACUCUUGUGUUGGCAUUCCUCGCUGGUGUUGGAUGGGGUGUAGAGAAGGCUCGAGUUGAAGAAGUGGUGAGCUGGGCGUGGGAUGUCUUCCAGCCGCUCCUCUUCGGGUUAAUCGGUGCAGAAAUUCAAGUGUCUGAGCUGGAGGGACUCAAAGUUGGUCUUGGUGUGGCUUGUCUCCUCAUUGCCCUGCUGGUGCGAAUCCUGUUCACCUAUGUGUGUGUGCUGCGUGCCGGAUUCAAACUAAGGGAAAAAAUAUUCAUCGCCCUGGCAUGGAUGCCCAAAGCCACGGUUCAGGCAGCUAUCGGCUCCACGGCGCUGGACAUGGCGAGGACCAGAAAGAACAAGCAGCUGGAGGACUAUGGCCUCAUAGUGCUGACCGUGGCGGUCCUCUCCAUUCUCAUCACUGCCCCCAUUGGUGCUCUGAUCAUAGGGCUGGCCGGGCCUCGUCUCCUUCAGAAACCAAAAAACUCAAGCUGUGGUGAGCGAGUCAAACCGAAUUUAUCAGCUUUUUUCUUAGGUGCAGCCGCAGGAACAGAAGAUGACACUGAAACCCCUGUUACAUAUGAAAGUACUCUUUGACACCACCCUUCUACAGCCGCCACACCAGCCUGACAUGUUUGGCUUCUGUGUUUUACACAACUGAUUCUACCAGCAUUUAGCCACCUUCCAUGUUACACCACGGCCAGACACUGUGCGACUCCUAACACAGAAUGUAUCAGUCACUCUUCCCGAUUCCCUUAAAAUGAUUUCAUUUUUCCAUCAUGAUGUCCAUCCAGUCUGGUCAAACUAAGGUCCAGAGUUCCCUCCUUAAGUACCUCUUGAAGCUCUUCACUGUGACCCGGGUCUGCCCUAAGGUCUCCUCCCAUUUGGACAAAAGGAGCCACUGCAGUGGAUUGGAUUGGAUUGCCUUUUGGCUCAGCUCUUUCUUCACAGCGAGAGGCUGCUUUGGAGCCUCCCUUUUCCAGCGGAGAACCAUGGCCUCAGAUGAAGAGGUGCUGCCCAAAACUACUGCAGCUACUGUCUGGUUAUCAGUCCUCUACUCUUGAUCUUGUACGUCAUAUCCCUGCAUCACUCUCUAUCAAGGAAUCCUAGUUUACAAACACGUCAAACAGGCGACGUAAGUUAGGUUGAAAUCACACCAUGCCUUGUCACACGCUGGAGCUUGUCUGCUGGACGGUUUUCACUCAGCAGUGUAACACAAGUGAUUUCCUCCCCUGACAUGACGGACAUUUCUGAACAAGUAAACUGUCAAACCGCAUAUUGGUUGGUCACAUGAGGCGCGUUGUCAUUCAAAGGGAAGCCACUCAAAAUUGGCCUUGUCUUUACUAAUUCACGUUGGCUCGCCUAUUACUGUUAAAUUUGACUCAGUGGCCGAUGCUGUUUGUUGCCAAAAUGAAGCGUUGAUCAGGGAACUGCGUCAUUUGACGGCACAUUUUCAUGAAGAAAGUUUGAAAACAGACAUUGUUCUUUGAAGAAACUUGCUCCUCAAGAGAUAUAAGUGAAGUACACCGGCAAAGAAAGCUUUUUUUUUAAUGAAAAGUAAGCAAAUGCCAACAUGUACUAUACAAGGACUAUAAACUGUGUACAAAGAUGAUGACAAUGAGCUUUACAUUUUUCAGAUUACACGUUAGAAUAUCAGGUGUAUUCACCCCAAAACAUCUUCAUUUUUGUCAGCUAUUUCAACUGUAAUUAUCUUCUCUAGAAUAUUAUUUAUGCUUUUAUAAUGCAGAUUAUUUAUCUGUUUAUUUAUUGAUUGGUAUCAGUAUUUAUAGAAAAGGACUAGAUCAUUAGAAUCGUCUGGAUUCAGCUGAAUGUAAAGCAGUCGGGUUUUGAUUCGAGCUGAAAUGUAGUGAUGGGUUGAUGAGGUUUCAUGAAACAGUGAACACUGAUUUUUAGACGCCACCAGAUGGCGCUGUCUGCUGUAAAAUGUUUGGAUUUGAACGACUAAUUCAAUGGUACGUCACAUCAUUUCUAAACCAAGAGCACCACAUAGUGGCCUCUGAAAAUUACAACACUGUUUCAUCAACUCUGCAAUACUGUUUCAUGAUACCUCAUCUGACCAUCACUACUGAAAAUGUCUCAUGAAACGAUGGCAGAGCUGCGGGGUAUGUGACUGGCUCCUGAAGCCAACCAACACUCAGGAAAUAACCUUAAUAAUGAGUUUGUUUGGUACAUGUUCAAAGAUACUACACACUGUUCUCAUGUGAGACAUGUAUGCACUGUUUUUUUAAAAUAUGAAAUAUAGACCUAUUUAAAUGUUUUCUAGAUUUAUUUACUGUUUUUUAACUGUGCAGUGUGAUUUCUUAAAAAAAAUAUAUAUAUAUUUGUGUUUUACCUGCUGGAAAUGUUCUGUGAGAUAAAUUGGCAAGUGUUACUCUAGAAAGAUUAGCAUUAGCUUUUUUUUUAACAUGUGCUUUUACCA